AUGUCAUCUGGCGAUUUCGAAAUUUCGCUUGGUGAGGAUCACAUGGCUGAAUUAAUGCGUGAAUUGGCCGAGUACGAUUUGGAUGAAAUCAUGAAUGAAUUGUAUGCUGGUGUUUGUACUCUAACUGAUGAGCAAUGCAGUGCUCCUAACGCUGGUGAAAACGAUCCUAUUUGCGCUGUAUGUGGUGACCAUGCAACAGGUCAUCAUUAUGGUGUUCUUUCUUGUGAAUCUUGCAAGGCAAGUUUGUAG